AUAUUCUCCGGGACAAUGGCUCCCUUAUGAUAGAUGAGUCCAAUGACAUACGCAUUGUAGGCCUCAUUACUGUUGUCAUUCUCCUUGGCAUCACCAUGAUUGGGUUAGAAUGGGUUGUGCGUGCACAAAUGUUACUUCUCAUAGUACUAGUUAUUUCCAUUCUUAAUGUGCUGAUUGGCACUUUCAUCGGGCCACAGUCUGAGGAAAGCAGAAGCAGAGGUUUUGUUGGGUACCAAAAGGAAGUGUUUGAGACCAAUUUGGGUCCUGGUUAUAAAGGCGAGAGUUUCUUCUCUGUCUUUGCAGUCUUCUUUCCUGCUGCAACAGGGAUUUUAGCUGGGGUGAAUAUAUCUGGUGAUCUCAAAGAUGUGCACAAGGCUGUUCCAAAGGGGACCUUGCUGGCCAUUCUAAUCAGCACCAUUGUGUAUGUCAUGCUUGCUUGGUUUGUGGGUGGAUGUGUCGAAAGAGAAGCUCUGGGGUUUGUGCAGGAGGUGUUGCAAAAUAAGACUUUGGCUUCUUGUGUAGAACAGGAGUGUAGAUAUGGGCUUCUAAAUGAUUUUCAGGUCAUGGAGGAAGUGUCGGGAUGGGGUCCAAUUGUAACAGCAGGCAUCUUUGCAUCCACUUUGUCCUCUGCACUUGCGAGUCUUGUCGGGGCACCCAAAGCAUUCCAAGCAGUUUGCAAAGACAAGCUUUUUCCUUACAUAGAUUUCUUUGGUGUUGGUUAUGGGCCUGGCAAUGAACCAAAGGAAGCUUUUGGAAUGCUCCCUGAAGACGAAUCAGAUGUCGAGUGGAUGAGAAAACACAAGAUCAGAGCUUUCCGCGCUGUGACCGCAGCCCCCAGUCUCCGCACGGGGGUGCAGUCCAUGAUUCACCUCACCGGACUGGGAAAGAUGCGGCCAAACACGGUUGUUAUGGGCUAUAAGAAUAACUGGACAGAUAAGAGGUACUCAAGUGAGGUAGUAGACUAUCUUGGCGUAAUUAACGACGUCUUCGAGCUCAGUUAUGGUCUGGUCAUUUUUCGAAUGAACGAAGAACAGAAUAAAAAUUUUAUCGUAGAGAAGGUGGAUGAAAGCUCUUCGUCAGAUUCGGACUCGAUUAUGGAAGGAGACGAAUAUCCUAAGCCCAAACGUUCCUCUACGGGGAAAAAGUUAGCAAACGAAGAGAGAGAAAGUCUUACUAGCCCUGAAAAGGCGUCCGAACCAACGUCCGAAUCUUCGCCGACACCGGAGGUCAAAAUUGCAUUGAAAGAGAAACAAACGGGCACCAUCGAUGUCUGGUGGCUGUACGAUGACGGUGGUCUGACAGUAUUGCUGCCGUACCUGCUGACACUUCAUGGUGCCUGGAAGAAGUGCAAAUUGAGGUUUUUCUCGGCUAACUUUCGCUCCAAACACGAGGUGAAUCCGCAAGGUUUGCGAAUGGCAAACUUGUUAAAGAAGUUCCGCUUUGACGCUAGCUGCGUGGAGCAAGUUGAAAUCGGCAAUAAACCGCCGUCGCAGGAGAGCUUGGAUGCUUUCAGACGUCUGCCAGUCAAAGAGGAGCUUGGAGAAGAGCCUAUCAAAGACCCGAAAGUUCUGAGAACGAUUCGCAUCGGAGAACUCGUGCGGCAGCACUGCUCAGAAGAGACAAGGUUGGUCGUAAUCUCCAUUCCAGUCCCUGUCACUGACGUCACAACUCCUUUGAUGUACAUGAGUUGGCUUGAGGUGAUGUCCGCUGACUUACCGCCGGUGCUACUCGUACGUGGCAAUCAAACCAAUGUGUUGACAUUUUACUCCUAGUUUAGACUUUAUUUUUGGUCAUAAACCUUUUCUUAGCCAACAUACGCGUCCUACGAAGGCGGUUCUGUUUCAGUUUGAUGGUUUAGCGAA